AUGUCCUGUUCCUCCUCCAAGGGUCCUCCUGGGACUCCCAGCUCACAAUGGCGAUGUCAUGACCGGGCCGUCCUGCUCUAUGAGUACGUGGGCAAGCGGAUUGUGGACCUGCAGCACACCGAGGUCCCUGAUGCUUAUCGUGGGCGUGGCAUUGCCAAGCACCUCGCCAAGGCUGCUCUGGACUUCGUGGUGGAGGAGGACCUGAAGGCCCACCUCACCUGCUGGUACAUCCAAAAGUACGUCAAGGAGAACCCACUGCCGCAGUACCUGGAGCGUCUGCAGCCGUGACCCUGGCUUGCAGGGCAGGAGUGCUCCUGCCAGACCUUUCCUUGGCAUUCUGCGUGCUCUCAGGAAACCUGGGUCCCAUGGGCGACAACUCAGUUAUUUUGUAAGGACAUUCACCUGUGGCCCCUGGAGGUGGCUGGCCAAGGACAGGCAGUGCUCCAGCAACUGUGGCCAAGGGGAGGCCAAGCAACUGAAGUCCCAGCAGCUCCUGCUUGGCAGACACUGGCCAGCUUUUCAGAAGACUGCACGGCCUGUCGUGGGCAGGCCUGUGAGGGCCUGUGGCCAGGACUGGAACAUGGAUGGGGCAUCCCUGUGGCCUGUCUGGGUCCCAUCUGUGUUCCCUGCCCUGUGAUUGGCAGGUAGGCUGUCUUGGUACCCCGCCACCACCACUGCCUCUCAGUCUAUGUCUUUUUUGCAGAUAAGGAGGGUGUUCCCUGUGUUGAGAGGAGCAAUAACAAACUAUGUGCCAACUUCUGAGGGGCCCAGCGCCAAGCUGUGGCCGCCGUUAACGCUGCCCCUCCUCUUCCUCCAGCUGUCUGCCCUGGCAGAGGGUGGCAAGGGUCAGCUCUCCCUGAUGUGUGAAGCCAGGAAUGGGCAGACUGGGCAUUGGCCCAGGCACAACUGUGCACACGCACACAGGCACACACAGACACAAUGCUGAGUGCCAAGCUGUGCAUUGGUGGAGAGCUGAAGCAGGGAGCAUGGGCUGCUCUCUCCUUGGUACCAUUCCCAUAACUCCUUGCCUCCUUGUCUCCUUGUCUGUCAGCUCUGCAGGAAACCAAGGUCCCCAUCCCCUGUGGCACCCUACCCUCUCCAUUUGCCAGUCUCCCAGAGGCCAGCUCCAGGUGCAGCUAAGCCUCACAGGGAUCCCUGCCACUCACUGGCCUCUUGGCCACCCUGUGGGUGAGCUUCCUCAGAAAGGAUCCUUUGGAGCUGAGAUGGAAGGGAGGCAAUCUGUCCUCAAAAACCAUCCUCAGCACCCAAAGAAAGAAAUAUCUCUGCAAAGGGAUUCCCUUUGUGGCCGCCAAACAUCAGGGCAUCUUUCAUGGUGAUCUUGUGGCUGGGCAUGGUCUGUGACCUGCACAUGCACAUUCUGGCCUCCAGGAGUUCCCAGGACGGCUGAGGGCACCCCUUUCCCAUUGUGCUCCCCAGCUCUGUUUGCAGUGUGCUAUUGUGAGGGCCAGAGAAGCCCCUGGGCCCCUGCUGUGCUGGGAGUUGUGGGCCAGAAAGGAAUUGCUGGCAGGAGGUGGGCUCAGCUACUGGCUCUCUUCCAAGGCUGGAGGUGUCCCAUUCCUAGGAUAGUUGAAGAAAAGGGAGGGUUGUAGGCCUGAGAGUGGACACAGUCCAGCCCAGGGUCUUGUCUUUUCCCUCCCUAGGACCACCCCCUCCCACUCACACAUCUCCCCAAGUUUAAGCACAGAUAUUGUCAUGAAACUCUCCAGUAGCUCAGCGAGCUGGUGCUGUCUCCCUCUGCAGCCUGUGGGGCGAGGUGACCUAGUUCUAGGAGGGUGCCCUACACAGGAUCCUAGGACAAGCAGGGUGUUGAGGAGCAGGGGGCCAGGUGGCACCGGAAGGGGCUUGUUUCUGUCCCCACUGUGUCCCAGCCUGCACCUGUGUUCUAACAGCAGUUGAUUCACCAUGCCUGGGCCAGCAUGCAAACAAAACUCGUUCAACGAGGAGCUGCUCAGGGUCUGGGGUUGGAGGAGAGCUGUGAGCCUAGGACCCAGGGACAGCUCGCCCCCAGUUCAUACGAGUGUGACCUGUCCCCUUGCCUCCACUGCCUUGAAGUGCUGCUGCACCACUGCAGGCAUCUGAUGCUGAGGCCAGCUCCGGGCUCCAGCAGAGCCUCAAGGCAGCAGCAUAGCUGACGACUCUGCCUGGCCAGGGACACUGCAGACCCUGGCCUGGAGCCUCAGUUAACAUGGCUCGUUUCGCCAUGGCCGGCCUGCCUUUGGUGCUGCCCCAUGUGUCUGACAUCCCGGCCUCUCCCCGACCUGUGCCAGGGGCAGGAUGCCCCGGGAGCCCUUGCUCUGGAGGCAGGGCACCCCCAGCCCGCUUCCAGCAGGUUGCUCAAAGGCCCCGUGUUCUGUCACAUCUCGCUUUGUGGAAUUUUUACUUGCCCAGUAACUCACGUGCCUUUCCUACUCAGGACCUGUUCCAGGUGAUGUCUGGGCUAAGGCUCCAGACCUCCCUUUGUUGUUUUUCAAACUCCUGAACAGACUGCAUGACAUACAUUUCCUCGAAAGCUAUGGCCUAGCCCACGGCUUCAGGACGACUUCUAGGAGAGGCACAGUAUGGGCUGGUGUCCCCACGCCACCUUGCUCCAUCUCCGAGGCGAUCUGAUUAUUGGCCCCGCUUUACCAAGGCAUAAACAGGCAUAGCAAGGUUUGGGAGCUCCCAGGGCGUAAGGAGGGGGGUGCAGGCAGGCCUGGUGGGUACCCCAGCCUCCCAUCCCUACUUCUGUUACAUAAUUGGCAGCGCAGCCCCUGUUUUCAGGUAGGGAAAGUAAGGCUCUGAGAGGCAUCAAGGUUUGGCGGAGGUCUCACGGCAAGACAGCAGUGGCAUAAGGAUCUGGGUGGGGACUUUGGCAUCGUGCCUUCUGCAUCUUUUACCAGGCCCCUGCCAUGGUUCCUGCCUCCACCUGAGGUAAAGACCACUCUGAGGCUGUAGUCAUGCUCUCAAUGUGGACUCCCCUCACCUGCAGAGCAGCUGGAAGUGUUACCUGGAAGAACCUGUGAUGUCAUAUGACCUCACAUCAGCUGCCGCUCUUAGACAUGUCUCUCUCCCCCUAAAAAGCCUUCUCUUGGGGCUUCUAGUCCUGGGGAGGGAGGUGGGGCACCCAUGCAAGCCUGUGGUGUAGAGUCACAUAUGGCCUCAAAACAGGAUCAAGGGAGCCCUGGCCGGCUUGGCUCUGUUGAGCAGCAUCUCAUGCACUGAAAGGUCACCAGUUCAACUCCCGGUCAGGGCACUUGCCCAAGUUACAGGUUUGAUCCACAGUCAGGGUGUGGGAAGCAACCAAGCGAAGGUUUUUCCUCUCACUGCCCAGGGACUCCUUCCUGAGUGGGAUGUUUUCCUCUUAAUUCCCACCCUGGGGUUACAGUGCUGCCCCCCAACACAAGAGGAGGAGGCCGGCACUGCAAUUGCAAGGACUUUACAAUCUUGUCAGGCUGGAUUCUCCCAGCAGUUCUGGGAGAUUCCAGUCAUCAGGCCUAUCUUAUGGAUGAGAAAACAGGUCCUGUUGCCCUCGAUGUGGCUGGAAGGGGAGGGGAGCAGGAUCUGUGCCCAGUUCCUGCCCACUCUAUAAAAGGAUGUGCCCUUACGUGUCAUUAGGUCUUAUGUCCACUUAGGUGGCAGAUGGUCUUGGAGAUCAAUACACAGGUAACACUUCUUGCAAUUUCCCUGACCAUUUGGAAGGCUGAGGUAGGUUCUGUGUUGAGGUACAUGUAUAAUUAGGGGUGAUGUUGGAAAGAUGACACUGCAUGCAAAGCUGGGUUGUGAUGGGAACGUUGAUGGAGCGUCCAACCAUACACACGUUCCUUCCUCAGUUCAGGAGUCUCAGAUCUGCUGAAGUCCACCCAAAUGUUCCCUCUACUGUUCUCAGGGUCCCACUUCUUUUAAAUCAACACCCUAAAUUUUAUAUGAGAGGGCAUGUGACUGCAGCCUGCAGGAUCAAAUAUUGGGUUAUGUUUUUAGUUCUAUCAUUCCUAUGGCUACAGGAUAUUAAACAGAUUCUUUUCUGGCUGUUGAA